AUGUCUACUAGCAAACCCUCACAACCACACGACAUAUUCCUCAUCAAUGAGCUACUUGAGAACAUUCUUCUACAUACAGAGAUGAAAACCCUAUUAACAUCUGCUCAACGCGUAUCUCGUGCUUGGAGCGCCAUGAUCAAAACAUCAGUCAGACUUCAAGAGUCUCUUUUCUUUAAACCCUCCAAAUUCGAUAUCGCGGAUCCCUCACAGCGCCUGCGCAAUCCCCUCCUAGAAGAUAUUCUCUGGGCUCAAUUCUUCCUAAAACAACGGCAAACCUCAGAGUCAACCCUGGCUGCUGUAAGCAGAUUUCCACUGCGGGAACCGGAGCGUCGCAAGCUUAAGGUCUACCUGCGAAAAGACGCCAGUUGGAAACGAAUGCUGCUCCAACAACCACCAACAUCAUCAAUCGGAGUUCUUGAGAUCGUCAAAAGAUCAGACUCAGAAUUCACCAAAUUGUGUGCCAAGCCAAACGGAUUCCUACUGAUGGGCGACAUCUUGACCCUCCUCGAAGGAGGCAGUACGCUAGUUCCAACCCGCAACAAAUGGAUACUUUGGAGUGGGCGAUCCCGUAUCAGAAUGCCCUUGAACUUCGAAUGUUGGACACCCAAAUGGGUAUAUGAACCUUGUACCCUGGAGCCAGUCCAGGAAUGGAUUCCCGAUAAUAUCGAUUGGGAUAGUCUCCGGCUGGAGGUGGGAUCAAUGUACUUGAAUGAUUUUGAUUGUGGCGUGAUGAUUGUAUCUGAGCGGAGGCAGAUGCUGUUCCAGGGCGGGGAUCGAGUUCACAGGAAGAGCAAACUUGAUUGCCGGCUAGAAAAGAUUUUCGGAGAAUGUCAGGUGGAGGUCGGAAGGAAGCAUAUCAAUCACCCUUGGAUUCCUAUCAAAGGUGUAGGUGCCGAUCGGCGAUGGGUGCUUAGGCCGUGCUCUGCUACACCUCUGGUUCCCACGCUGAGUGCGUCGUCUGAAGCUUCGGAUUCGUCUUCUAUCUCUUCAUUCUCUUUGUCUCUGUAG